AUGCCGCCCAAUAAGACCUUGCAAAAGCAGCAUGUGUUGCGCUCGGGAUUGGAGAGAUUCAUUCAGAAACAGGCAGCUCGGCCAGUGCCGACUGUGGCGCUUAACGACCUUCUCAAAUUUAACUCUGCAGCCUCGCACAGAGACAAGUCGCUGAUGCUGGUGGAGAACGCCAACGAGACGUUGAACGAUAUGGUGGUCUUAGUGACUAGGCGACUCAUACAAUUCAUGAAACUGCCCUACAUUGUGGUCCUGAACGCCAAAAUCGCCGACAUUUACAACGCAUAUUUGGAUACGUUGAAAGUGAUUUUGGAAUUUGUGGCCGAGUGCGACCCGGCAAGUGAGUUAACUGAAGAGUUCACUUUCAAGAUCCAAAAUUUAGAUCAAAAUGAUCUGUUCCUCCAAAUGCUGAAAAAGACCAUCGACAUGCACACCGAUAACCUAUCGACAUUGAGCGAGGGAUUUGAGGAAAUAUCUGGACUGAAUCUUGUUGAUGACAAGACGUUUCUGAACGACCAUCUGAAGGAGCGGAUUUUGAUGCGCUUGCUGGCCAACCAUCACAUCCAGCUCACCGAGCAGCUGAAUUACAAAGGGGAAGAGCUGGAAAGGUUAGACCAGAUUGGUAUGAUCGAGCCGAACAUGAACGUUCUUGAGGUUCUGCACCGCUCGUUUGUGUUUGUCAACGACAUGGCUGCCCUGAAAUAUGACGAGAAGAUCCGGAUGAACCUGAAAACGGUGACAAUUAACGGCGACGAUACCACUACAGAGCAGAUUGUGGAGAACUUUGAGUCGCCAGACGGUCUAGAGCCGCUUAAAUUCCCAUAUAUUUCCAGUCACAUCGAGUAUGUGUUGAACGAAAUCUUCAAGAACUCGACACGGGCCCACAUAGAAAACAGAGUGAAAAAGCCAGUGGACGUGCUCAUAGUCGUGAACAAGCCCAAUGUUGAAAAGCCAGGCCCACAAUUCUACAAGCUAGAAAUGCGGAUCGUCGACCAUGGACUAGGAAUAAAGCCUGAAGUUUUGGACAAGCUAUUUGACUAUUCGUUCACCACUUUUGAGUCUGAGGUUGUAGAGGAGGAUUCCUACAAGACUCUCAAUAAUACGGGCGCCAAUCAGGCCAAUAUCAUAGCUGGCAUGGGCUACGGUUUGCCGCUGAGUCUCACUUAUAACAGACUGUUCAACGGCGAUAUCGAGCUCAAGUCCGUUUAUGGCCAGGGAACAACUGUUUACCUCAAAUGGGUCGGAGUCGAUGCUAAACAAAUACCUUAA